GUCCCCCCGUGGUUAAUCCAGUAAUUGGUUGUAAGGAUCGUGCAUACAAUCACAGAGAGUUAGCGAAAAUGCCGGGCGGAGGAUUACAAUGACGGGUGCAAGGCUAUAAUCAAUAAAAAUCACGAUGGCGGCAAACGAGCAGGGUGAGAAGCGGAGCCUAGACGAUUCGGCCGGUGAUGAGGAGCCAGUGCUGUCCCUGCUAGACGUUUUGGAGGAGGAUGAUGCGUUGCAAGACGAGGCCUGCGCCGUUCUAGGAGGGAGUGAUGCUGAGAAAUGCUCGUACCCGGAGGGUUAUGUGAAGAGACAGGCGCUUUAUGCGUGUAAUACGUGUACACCUAAUAAAGAGGAGCCUGCUGGCAUCUGCUUAGCCUGCACGUAUAAGUGUCAUGAAGGACAUGAUCUUUUUGAGCUCUAUACAAAGAGGAACUUUCGCUGUGACUGUGGCAAUGGAAAAUUCAAACAGAUGGAGUGCAAGUUAUUUCCUGAGAAGGAGAAGUGUAAUGCUGCUAACAAAUAUAAUACAAAUUUCUUUGGCUUGUAUUGUACCUGCAAAAGACCAUACCCUGAUCCUGAAGAUGAGGUUCCCGAUGAGAUGAUUCAGUGUGUGGUCUGUGAAGACUGGUUCCAUGGAAGGCAUCUGGGUGCAGUUCCACCUGAAGACGCAGAUUAUCAGGAAAUGGUAUGCCAAGUUUGUAUGAACCGUUGUUCCUUCCUGUGGACUUAUGCUGCACAGCUGGCAGUUCCUACUGUGACUAAAAUUACCCCUGCCGAAGUGGAACAAGAAGAUCUUAAAGUUGACGACUGUCCAGAACAAAAUGUAAAAGUUGAAAAUGGAUUAAAUAUAAAGGCCGAAGAUAUUAAGGAAGAGGAUAUGGCUGACCAGCAUAAUGGCCCAUCUACUAGCACCAAAUCUGAAGAGAAAUGUACAAAUGGAGAACUUUCUCAUCCUGUGAAAACCGAGUCUAAACCUGUUGCCACAUGUAAACUUGAGGAGAAUAAAAUACAUCAAGGGUACAGGACUGAUACCGCUGUGUACUGGCUGGGCAACUGGCGCAGCAAGCUGUGCACAUGUGACACCUGCAUGAAAAUGUACGCUGAGCUUGAAGUGGUGUUCCUGUUGGAAGAAAGUGACACCGUUCUGGCUUAUGAAAGUAAAGGCAAAAAUGAAGCAAGCGAGGGAAGAGAUCCCCUAAUGACUGCUCUCAGUAACAUGAACCGAGUGCAGCAGGUGGAGCUCAUCUGCGAAUAUAAUGACCUUAAAACAGAGCUACGGGAUUACUUGAAAACAUUUGCAGAAGAAGGAAAGGUUGUACAGACAGAAGAUAUUCAGCGCUUCUUUGAACAACAGCAGUCUAGGAAAAGAAGGCGUAUGGAUGGAAUGCAGUAUUACUGUAGCUGAAUCAACAGCUUAGAUGAUUAGACACUAGCGCUGGGUUACUAUAUUACAUAAAAACUGAAAACCUUUAGAAAUCUGUCUACACAGUUUGUGUUAUUUUCACAUACCUAUUUUAUGUCCAAUCUUUUAGUUCUUUAGAUUCUUAACCCCUGGGCUGCCAAACAGGACUGUAACGCACAAUAUAUUGCAACAUUCUCUGGCAGAAAAAAGUUUAAUGUUGAAGUUAAUACUUCUGUUUGAUCUGCAACAACUGUGAUCUUGUUGAGUGUGUGUGUUCUCCUGAUUUUUUUUUUUUUUUUGUACAAUUCUUCAUUUUAAUAAAAUAACAACUAGAUGUCUGAACGAUUCCCCAAUAAUAAUUAUUAUUAUUUUUGUGUCUCUCUCAUAAAGAGAGGGCUGCCAUUCUGCCUCUAAAUUUUCUGUAUAGGAAAGUAUUUGCAGCUUAAAACCAGCCUAGCUGUAUCAGCUUGGUCAGUGCUACUUAAAGAUUACUUUUAAAUUUUCUAUUUUGAAUUUGUUUGGAGUAAAUUGUACAUAACAUUUGUCUUCUAUUUUGUAAAAUUAAGAAGGCAAGCUUCUUUCUGAUAUGGACCUUUAGAAAGUGUGUGUGUGUGUGUAUGUGUAUGUAUGUAUUUUGUUGUUGGGGUGUUUUUUUUGUUUUUUUUUUGUUUUUUAUUACUUUUUUUUUUAGGGGGGGUGGGGGUGUUGCCUUGUUCAGAUCUUUUUAUUCAGUUACAGAUCAUCAUAUUAAAUUAUCAAAAACCUAGAAACCGAUCCAAAGUUCCUGCUGUUGCAUGAAGUUUUUCAGAGAAGUGCACAUGUUUGUGUAUCAUGCUGACCUCUCUACAAAGUUGAACUGUAUAUAUUGCACUGUUUUACUUAGAAUUAAAGUAAUCUGGAGUAA